UGCAGCAGAUUGCCCGGUUCAUGUUAUUCUCCGACGCCCCUUCUUCAAACAAAGGGUGGAGAGAACGAUGGUGCUAUGUGAAGUUGGACGAGAACCCAUUCCCGAUGGAGUUGCGGCAUCGUUUCCGGCGGCAUAAGAAGGUGCGGAGUGCUGCCCUCGAGAAAGCUGGCAUGACCUUGGCCGAAAUCCCGGAGGGACAGAACAAGAAUAUAACCAUCAAGGACUGCACGCUUGAGAAGGACCUGUAUUCCCUCGGGUUUCGGCGGUACCGUUUUAUCGGGGAGACUGAUGAGAAGUAUCCGUUGUUUGACGGAGCCUUCGGGGGUUCAGGAGGUAGUAGCCGAGGGAUCUCAAAUUUAGUACUUAGUAUUCUUUUUUUUUUGCUUUGGUGUAGUUGUUAUUUUAUUGUUGAGCCAUCAGCCUAACCCUUUAUUGUUUUGCAGGUAUCCCGGUGCUCAGAAUGAAUGUCAAAGGCCUUGCACGCUUGAAGAAUAAAUCUGUCAAGGAUCCGAAGGAGGCGGAUGCGGGCAGUCAGAAGCCCGUAUGUGCCUUUUUCAAGAAGGGCGGUGAUGUUGCUGCCACGAAGAGGAAGGCUUCGGGCAAGGGUAAGGCUCCUGAGGGGAAAAAGCCUAAACAGGGAGACGCUAAGGAGGAAGAUCCCCCGGUCGUGAUUGUGGAUGAGCAUCCGAUGGAGACAGUGGCUCCCAGCCCCCCUCAAGCACAGGAGGAUGGAGGGGGCCUGCCCCGGGAGGAUAUAAGUUUCUCCCUCCUGAAGGGUACGGCCAUAGUCCAUGGCAAUGUGGACCUGAGGGAGUUCCUUCAGGGUGUGACGCCUCCGUUGGACAAGGGAGCUCUCGGUAGGCUCGAUGAUGCAGCCCUCGAGUCCAAGAUCCUCCAGUCCUCGCUUACUGCAUGCAUAGCCCUCGGCGAGCAUGCUCGCAGGUUUGAUGAGUGGCGCCUUCAGAGGGCACAGGAGGAGGAGAAGGUGAAGAAACUGGUCCACGACAACUCCGAAGCUGUGAGGCUGAUGUCGAAGUUGGAGGAGGACCUUCGGCAGAUGAAGCUGAAGUUGGAGGCAGCUGAGAAGAGCAAAGCUGAUGCCGAGAGGGCCGCUGCUGAAGAAGCCAAGAAAGCCGCCGAGGGGGCUGAGGAGGCCAAGAAGAGAGCAGUCGAGCUUGCCCGGGAGGCCUUCGUCACCGAGGGCUGGAAAGCAGAGGAAUGCAAGGAAUGGAUGUCCUCGGUCGUGGCAGCGUCCGUCGAUGAAUGGUGCGAGGGCCCUGGGGAAGAAUGGCUGGCCCGAAAGGGCAAAGAAUACUAUGAUGGGGGCGAGUUCUUCACCCAGGCCCUCAUCUAUCGGAGGAUGGCCCCGCACCUGAACAUUGAGCCGAAAGAUUUCGAUCCUUCGGCCUAUGGUCUUCCCCUUCUUCAACCGGAUGUCCGUGAACCCCUUCCCUUAGGCGUAAAGAGGCCCGACCUGGAGGACACUGAGCUGAUGAAGGAAGUUGAUGAUGAAGAGGUCGUUGGUGAUGAGGUCACCUCCAGGCCUGCAGAAAAGGGCGUCCCCCUAGCUGAUAAUGUCUAACUUGUACUUGUAAACUUUUCGAACAAUUUUUGUAGUGUAAACAUUAAUAUGCCCUCGGCUUCGGGCAAUUCUGUAACCAACACUUUUACUUUCCCUUUUUUUUAAUGAAUGCAUGAUGCCUCCGGGCUUUUUGGUAUUUGGAUGUACUUCUUGUUCCUUUGUUUGUUCUUUCACAAAUGAAUGUCCUGCGUGUUUUCCUUCCUUUGCGUAUGAAUGUGUGUUGGUUUUGUGGCUUGGUCGAGGGGCCCACUUCUAGGACUUAGGAAAUUUUCCGAAGUUUAGUGCAUCGUGUAGCCCUCGGCUACUAGGCCCC